AUGAUUACUUCAACAUCUACUACAAAACUGAUACCUUCAAUAAGUAAUAUAUUAGCAGAUACUGGUCAAUCAAAUAAUAAAAAUAAAAUUAAUAAUAAUAAUAAUCAGAAUAAUCAGAUCAAUAACAAUAUAAAUCACAAUAUUCAUACUACAACUCCAAAUAUAAAUACAAAUCAUCAAAUAUAUAACAAUCAUCAACAAUUACCUAAUCAUGUUCAAAAUCAUAAUCAAAUCCCAAAUCAUCAACAACAACAACAACAUCAACAUAUGCCACUACCUCCUCCAUCAAUAGAGAUUCAACAACAACAUCAUAAUAAUCAAUCGUCACAUCUACAACAACCACCACCACAACAACAAAUGUAUCAUAAUCAACAACCAAUCCAUCCACAUACUAUAAAUAAUAACGCAAAUGGCUCAAUUUCAAAUGUAUCAUCUUCUCCACAAAUUGAACAAUCAUCAAAAGAUCCUCCAAGAAAAAGAUCAAAAAUUUCAAGAGCUUGUGAUGCAUGUAGAAGGAAAAAAAUAAAAUGUAAUGCAGAAUUUUCAUCAACAUUAAAUGAAGUUACUCAAAUUUGUAAUAAUUGUCAAAAAAAUUCAGAAGAAUGUACUUUUUCAAGAACACCUUUAAAAAGAGGUCCAUCAAAGGGGUUUUCAAAAGAUUUAGAAGAUAAUAUUCAAAAUGAAUUACAUAGAACAAAUUCAAUAUCAUCUCAAACAACUAUAAAGGAUAUACCUCAAAAUAGUGUAUCAUUCCCGUCUAUUAAAAAUCAAUCUCAACAACAAUUACAAUCAAUUAAAUUACCACCUUUAAUGAAUUAUUCAAAUAAAAAUUUAUCACCAGCAAUUCAAAAAAUUAAUACAAUGGAAUCAAAUCCAUCAAGUCCGCAAAAUCCACAAUUCAAUAACGGUAGCAAUAAUAGCAACAACAACAACAACAACUCCAAUAACAAUAGUCCACCAAUUCAAGGUCCUUUCUGGAAAGUACCUUAUGAAAUGCCUCAAUCAUCAAGUUCUCAUCGUUCAUCAAUUAGUAGUGUUACAAGUUCUGGUCAACCUUCACGUCGUAGAAGAUCAUCAUCAAUAGAUUCGAUAUCAUCAACUUCAACAACAGGUAUAAGAAUGCCCACAAUUAAAAAUACAACUUCAAAUGAAUUUUUAAGUGAUAGUGAAUCAGAAGAUUUUUAUUCUAUUAAAUCAUCAAAUUCUCAAAGACCACUGAUUAUUAGAAAUAAUUCACAAUCUAUAUCACCAAGAAACUCAAUAACUUCAUUAUCUAGUUUAAAUGGUAGAAUGAACAAAUCUUUGUUACUCCAUUCUCCAUCAUCACCAAUAUCAACUAAUAAUACAAAUAAUAUCUCAACAUCAAAACCUCAUUUACAAUUUUUAUCACCACAUGGAAUAUCACCACAAUUUUCAACAUCACCAAUGAAUUUGUUAAAAGCUGAUUUGGAAGUUUAUGAAAAAGUAUUUGCACCAUCAUUUCCUAUUAUACUGGUUGAUAAUGAUACUUUAAUAUCAAUAAUACAAACUAAUGGAAUAGAAGUACCUACUGAAAAUUUAGUUGAAAUUUUUCAUAUGGCAUUGAAUGAUUUAAUUAAUUUUAAAUCAACUGAUGAAUUUAAUACUAUAUCGAUGUUUUUCAAGUUACAACAAUUGCAUCAAUUUUCUAAAAUCAAUAAAAAUUCUUCAUUUAUGUAUGGAUUAACUUUAUUGUUGAUAAAUUAUGCAUUAUUACUAAAGGGUAGUUUUUAUGGAUGUGGUAUAGCAAUGGCAAGUUCAUUUUUUAACGAAUUGAAUAUUUUAGAACAUGUUUUAACUAGUGAAGAGAAAGACUUAAGGUUUGCUAAAUUAUACCUCAAUUUAGAUAUAAUUGAUAGUAUAGUUUGUUUGAAAUCGGGUGUUUCAAAAUUUAUACCACUGGGCAAUUUAUCAAAAUUUGUUUCAAUGAAUGAGAGUAAAUUAUCACAAGCUGAUUUAUAUUACGAUUUGAAGAAUUUAGUAGAUAUGAAAAAUGAGACUAUAUUAUCAUCAACAAUGACAUUAAAAACCAUAAAAUCAAAAGACAUUUUCAUAAUUCAUUUCUAUAAUUUAGUCAAUGAAAAAUAUCAAUUAUUCAAUAUAUUCAAUCAACAACAACAGCAACAGUCACAACUUACAGAAAAACUAGAAAAAUUAGCAACAACAAUAUUAAAUUUUGCAAACUAUUUAAGUACUUCAACAAUGGAAAAUAAAAAUUUAUUAUCAUCAAUACUUAACAUUUCAAUAACUCAAUUAUUUUGGAUAUCUAAAUUUUUAAAAAUUAUUAUUGAAAAUUUACCACAAUCAGAUCAAACUCAAAAAAUUUUCCAUAAUUUAUCAAUAUCAUUUAGUUUAUUAAGUUUAAAUUUAUCAAAUUUACCUAUUUGUGAUAACGUAAUUAGAUCAAUUAAACAAUCAAUAAUUGAUGAUAAUUUAAAUUUUACAACAUUAACUACAAGCACCACACCUACAAAUAAUUGGAUUCAGGACAAAAUAAUACCAAUGAUUAAAUUAGAUUUAAUGAGACACUAA